ACGUUCGAAUACGUCGGCUUCCGAAGAAAGAAGUAUGCCUGCAUGUAGUCUUUACAUGGGACCUAUUUAAGUGUUAGAUCUCGGCAUCAUUUAGGCCUAACCAAAAAUGUCUAAACGUAAUUAUGAAGACAGAGACGAGAGAAGUCGUGGUGACCGCUACAAAUUCUUUAAGAAGGAGGACAUACCAGAUCUGUACUCAGUGUUCCAAGGAGAGGUGGCUAGUGUCCAAGCUUAUGGGGCAUUUAUAAAGAUCCCUGAUUCUAAAAAACAAGGUUUGGUUCACAAAUCUCAGAUGUCCAAGGCCAGAGUGGAAGAUCCGUCCGAAAUGCUAAGUGUCCGAGAAAAAGUUUACUGUAAAGUUAUUUCUAUUGAGGAUGAUAAGGUGGCUUUGUCUAUGAAGUGUGUUAACCAGACAACUGGGGAAGAUGAGGAUCCAACUAAUGUACAGGCAAGCUUGGAUGAUCGGAAAAGGAAGCAAGGAGUGAAAGGAGGAAGACCAAAAAUAGAACUGGGAGCAGUUCUGGACACGACAUGCCGCAAAUGUGGGGGACAUGGCCAUCUAGCACAGGAUUGUUUCCAUACCAAGGGAGGUAAAUCCUACGAGUUGGUACCAGAUCUCGGUGACAAUGGAUUUCCAGGUUCUUCCGAAGAGGACAGUUCACCACGGAAGAAAAAGAAGAAAGAGAAAAAGCAGAAGAAAGAGAAGAAAAAACACAAGAAGCACAAACACCAGAAACACUCAUCAUCGGAAGACAACGAGGAGGAAAAACACAGGAAGAAACAUAAACACAAGCAUAAGAAGCAUAAAAGCAGAAAACAUGACAGUUCAAGCAGUUCUGAGGGAUAGAGAUCCAGCAUCUCUGAAAAGAACAGAAUCGGUCAGGGGAGAUUACUCUGAGGAUUAGAGGUUACUCAGCCACUGUGAAGAACUAUGUGAUUCAGGGGAAAUAACUCUGAGGCUUAGAGGUUACUCAGCCACUGUGAAGAACUAUGUGAUUCAGGGGAAAUAACUCUGAGGCUUAGAGGUUACUCAGCCACUGUGAAGAACUAUGUGAUUCAGGGGAAAUAACUCUGAGGCUUAGAGGUUACUCAGCCACUGUGAAGAAGUAUGUGAUUCAGGGGACUUAACUCAGUGGCUUAGAUCCACUCAACCACAGCGAGGAAGUGGAUAGUUUAUGGGACCAACAUGGAAGAUCAACAAUGUCUGGCCUCCACUUUCAGGAACUGCAUGAUUCUUCGGACUUAAAUAAAAGUUGAGAAUAAGAUUUUGCUCAACCAAUGUGAAGAAGUGCAUUGUAAGAGGAGACCUACCUCUUGAAAUCUGAGUGUUAGAAAUCUGACAGCCACUUAGAUGGGGCAUAUGUUUCAGGGUCCUUAAGUCUUGAAAUCUGAGUUUAGAAAUCUGACAGCCACUGAAAUGGGGCGUAUGUUUCAGGGUACUUAACUCUUGAAAUCUGAGUGUUAGAAAUCUGACAGCCACUUAGAUGGCCGGGGCGUAUGUUUCAGGGUACUUAAGUCUUGAAGUCUGAGUGUUAGAAAUCUGACAGCCACUGAGAUGGGACAUAUGUUUCAGGGUCCUUAAGUCUUGAAAUCUGAGUUUAGAAAUCUGACAGCCACUGAAAUGGCGCAUAUGUUUCAGGGAACUUAAGUCUUGAAGUCUGAGUGUUAGAAAUCUGACAGCCACUUAGAUGGCCGGGGCGUAUGUUUCAGGGCACUUAAGUCUUGAAAUCUGAGUGUACGGAAUCUGACAGCCACUGAGAUGGGGCGUAUGUUUCAGGGUACUUAACUCAUGAAAUCUGAGUGUACGGAAUCUGACAGCCACUGAGAUGGGGCGUAUGUUUCAGGGUACUUAACUCAUGAAAUCUGAGUGUUAGACAUCUGACAGCCACGGAGAUGGGGUGUAUGUUUCCAAGAUUGCGGCGACCAUGUUUUAAGUGUGCGAGUGAUGAGUUUCACUAGAGAAGGAUUUAUGACCCAUACAUGCACGUGUUUGUGUAGUGUUUGGGAAAACUUAAAAACUUGUUUAUUUUGGGUUAUAUUCUCCCGGUUUACUCGAUUUACAUAUAACGGAAUGCUAUCUUCUUAGAAGGCUUCUCUUCUGAGAAGGGUGCAAAUCGAGUGGGGCUCAGGGGUUUCAGGUUCGAUACCUUGUAGAACAAUUAGAAAUAAUGGGCUCCGUUGUCAUAAUGGUUCUUUUUUCAAUGAAACAUUUUUACUCUCAAAUUUAUAAACUUCAGUUAAUAAAAAUUAAUGAUUAGCUUUGUGUAGCUUUGUUAGUACUGUAUGGUUCAGGGGUUUAACUGUUGAAAACUUAGUAUUAAUCUCGACUGAGUCGACUGACAACCACUACCUUGGGGCCUAUUUAGGAAACAUUUUAAAAAUUCCUGGAGCAAUCCCAGGGUAUGUAACUCUUGACAGAUAGAAACCAGUCUCUAAAGCAUUUACCCAGGGGCUGGUUCACAGUACAAAACUGUGGAUAUGUCAUCCUUCUUUUCUGGUGAUGGGUCAAGGGUCCCAUGGUAUAUAUACCUACACAGAGGAAAUAGUUAUUAGGAGAGAUUUCAUAAUUUGUAAAAUAAUUGGUAGUAUGAUUGAUAAGCUAGGUCAGAAAUUGUCUUUUCUAAAUUUGUGGAUUCUAAAACAAAAAAUUGAUGGUAAUUAGGAAUAUAUUUACAGAAUAGAAAGAAUUCUUAUAAAUUUAUCUAAUGUAUUAUCAAUAAGUAAUGUUACAGAAUCUCAGGUAGGGAAAGUUCACAGGUAUUCAUACUUAUAUAGUAAAGUAUGUGGUAUGUCUAUGGAAUGUAAUGAUCUUCUUUUGUGGAAUGUAAGUUGUGUUUUGGAAUAAACAGAUGUUUUUCUAUAUGUUAAACUUCUGUUUUUGAAAUGCAAAUUGAAUCAAAGAAAUACAAUUUGAUUUUUUAAAUUGA